AAUUUGUUUUAAUUAUUAUUGUUAUUUUUUGAGAUGGAGUCUUGCUCUGUCACCCAGGCUGGAGUGCAGUGGCGCGAUCUUGGCUCACUGCAACCUCUGCCUACCGGGUUCAAGUGAUUCUCCUGCCUAAGCCUCCCCAGUAGUUGGGACUACAGAUGCAUGCCAACACACCCGACUAACUUUUGUAUUUUUAGUAGAGAUGAGGUUUCACCGUAUUGGUCAGGCUGGUCUCGAACUCGUGACCUUGUGAUCUGCCCACUUUGGCCUCCCCAAGUGUUGGGAUUACAGGUGUGAGCCACCAUGCCCAGCCCAAUUCUGUUUAAUUUUUUGAGGAACAACUUUACUGCUUUUCACAGUGACUGUACCAUUUUAUGUGUUCAUCAGCAGUGCACAAAGUGCUAAUUUCUCAACAUCCACACCAACACUUGUUAUUUUCUGUUUGUAUUUUUUUUUGGUAAUGGCCGUCUUUAGGGGUGUGAUGUGGUAUCUUAUUGUGGUUUUAAUUUACAUUUCCCUAAUGAUUAACGGUGCUGAGCAUUUUUUCUUGUGCUUAUUGGCCAUUUGUGUAUCUUUGGAGAAAUCUCUAUUCAAGUGACUCUGCAUUCUUAACCAUUACCUGUGUUUCUCUUAGAUUUGUAACCUUUGAGAAUAGUGGGUCAGGAUUCUGGGCCGAUGAAGGCCUCCCUCAGGAGCUGGGCACUGGAUGAUCUGUUUGAUUGAAUAGUUAUCAUAGCCCACACUUUGGUGGCAUUUGUCUUUCAUGGGUCUCAUGCAGAGAGGGAGGCACUCUUGUGAGUCCUCCCAAUUACAGUUGGGGAAACUGGGAUAUGGAGAAGUUGAGUAUCUUACCCAAGGUCUCAUAGCUAAUCAUGGUGGAGCUGGGAUUUGAAUGGGUUCUGGAGUCCAUGCUGUACCUUACAGAUAUGGCCAGGGGGAUGCAGUGGCAAAGGCCACUGUAGGCAGCACAACCAGUGUGUGCAGAGGUUUGGAUAUGGUGGCUUUGGAGAAAGAACAGGUCUGGGGUAGAAGUGGUCAGAACCCAGCUUGAAUGGGGGUGACCUGAAGUGGGAGGAAGAGUAGGACAGGUCUGGAAAGGCCAGGAACAGCGUCAGAGUUUGGGGAGGAGGCUUGGUGCUUAGGGACCCUGGCCUUUUUACUUUUCACAAAAUAUUUAUUAAUUAUAAAGGAAAAAGAAUAACUGCACAGUGGAGAAAUUUGGCAGAUACUGCCUUAACCAAGGAAUUGGCUGAUCACUAAGAUUGAGACAAACUGUUAUGGGUGGGUGUGGUAAUGUACCUACAGUCCCAAUUACUCAGGAGGCUGAGAUGGGGGGAUUGAGCCCAUCUGUUUGAGGCUGCAGUGAGCUAUGGAGUACACACUCUGACCUGAGCAACGCAGUAAGACCUCCUCUCUAAAAAAAGAAAAAGGAAGUCUCUCAAUACCAUGUACUAAGGACACAACAUCACUUCUUUGUUAUUCCUGACAGAUCUGUUUAACUUUCUCUCUUUCUUCCUCUCUUUUUCUUCUUCCUUUUUCUUCUUCCUUACUGAUGUAAGAAAAAGCUUUAUACAUUUAAUGUAUACCUCUCGAUGAGUGGCCUUGGCCUUUGAGGUGUCCUGGGUCCAGUCCAGCCACUUGUCCAAUGGUGUUUCCUCUUGUGUUUGGUCCCUAGAGGAAGAAAAUAUGGAAGGGUGUGAUGGACCUCAUGGCCCGGUGGGAGAGAUGGCAAACACGUUAUAUUUCCUAUCCCAGAUAAGAGAGCAUCUAAAACGACAGGAUGCAGUGAAUGCUCAGGAAGGAAUAAAAUGGGUGAAAGCCGAGACCCCCUUUUUGGUGAGAUCUGAAGUGGGUGAGGGAGGAGGUUCCAGGCAGAGAACAGCUGGUGCAAAAGCCCUGAGGCAGCAAAGACCUUGUGUUCAGGAAUAGCAGGGAGGGCUUUGUGGCCAGAGCAGGAAAGAGGCUGGAGAUAAGAUGGGAGAUUUGAAUAAGGACUAAGUCCUGGAAGGCCUGAAGGCCAAGUGGGGAGCUUGGAUUUUAUUGUAAGGGAGCCACAGGAGGGUUUAAACCCGGCAGUAAUGAGAUCUUACUUUUGCUGAGAGAACAUUGCCAUGAUUGCCCCAUUUUACAGCAGAGGAAACCAAGACUCAGAACCAUAACCAGGGAGUGCUUCCUAAGGUGGGUUCUUCCUCUGGGGUCCAGCUGAGGAGGCAGUAGAUUAUUUGGGAAUUUCUUGGAGGACACAUCUGGUGAGGGGCCAAAGCUCAACACUGAAAACACUGUCUCUUCCACCUCCCCUCCCCACAUAUGAGCCUGGGUUCCAAUCCUGGCUCUACCGUUUAUCAGCUGUGUAAUUUUGAGCAAGUGGCCUUACCUCUUGGAGCCUCAGUUUUCUCAUCCAAAAGUGAGCACAAUAAUGGUAGCCACCUCACAGGGUAGGUGUGAGGAUUAGAACAGUGUCUGGUACAAAGAAAGUGUUCAGAUGAGAUUUGCUUUUUUUUUAUUAUUAUGAAAAUCAUUAUUAUUGUUUUGCUGUUACCAUUAGUGCCUGAAGGAGCCUUCCCUCCCCAUCCCCCAUUUCUGCCUCAGUGGAGGGCUAGGCAGGGCCCUGCAGGCCAUUUGGGGGAUGAUGGACUUGUUGCCCCGGCCCCUGUAAAGUCAGUGACUAGAGGAGGCUGCAGUGCCCAGGGGAAGGAAAGCUGAUGUGAAUCACUGCCGGCCUCCUCAUGCCCUACACACUAGUCCUGGCCCAGCUCCCACAGGCACAGACAGGGAACAGGAGCCUCUUCAACCUGUGCAGGGCAGAGGGCUGAAGCCUGGGGGACCCCUCCUUCUCUGGGUCUCAGGAUUCCGGUGGAAAAUGGCCUAUCAAAUGCGCCUACCUGAAGUGAAGUAUAGGGCUUGGGCUGGAAGAGGUGACAGUCACCUCCUCACUUCCCUCCUGGGAAUUCCUUCCUGCAGGGCUGCAGUCUCAUGGGAUUAAAUGAGGAGACUGGGGGUUUAAAUAAGUAUGGUGCUUGGCACUAAACAAUUCUAGUUAUUGCUGCUACUAUUACAGCUGUUGUUACGGAUGUGAACUGCUUUCUGGCUCAGCCUGUUCCAGAGGGACCGACUCCACAUGUGACAGAGUGGAGCCAAAGAGGUCCCGAAACCUGGUCAGGGACACACAGCUAGGAAGUGGUGGCAUUAAGGCUUGGUCCGAGGGAAAGUGCCCAGGCUGGACUCCCCCGAGUGAUUUUGGGCUAGUGACUCAGCCUCUCCCAGACUCAGUUUACCAUUAGUCAAAUGGGUAACAAUUGAACUCACCUGAUAGUGAUUGUUGGGAAGAUUAAAAUGGGUUACCUGAUACCAAGAAAAGCACUUUCUUGUGCCUAGCACAGUGAACAGCACCCGAUGGUCGUUCUGAGUCUGGGAGAGGGGCUCAGUUUGUCCAUCUCUAAGAUGGGUGCGCUUGCCUGCCAGGGCCACAGGUACUCCGCGCGCCAGGUGUGCGGUAGGCGGGUCUCGGCUCCCGGAAGAGCGUUCCUGGGUGGUCCUGGAGCGGGUCGGACCCGGUUCCUGAGCCAGGCCAUCUGCCAGCGGCCGGGGCUCGGAUUCCGGCCCCUGCCUGGCUUUUCUUCCUCCUUUCGGGUAAUACCUGGGCCGGCGGGUUCAUUUGCCCGCAGCCGCCGGAAGUUGCGCAAACUCAGGUUGCCUGAGCCCCAGGUGGGCUGGGCUGGAGGAGCGCAGGCCAGCCGCGCGGGCGCAGCCAGCAGUUGCCGGCGUCCAGCUGCCUCCGUUCUGCCCGGAUCUCUAGCUCCUCAUUUCUCCAGUCUCCUCAGACCAAAGCCCUCGGGAUAUGCAGCAGCCAUGCCUGUGGACACGCUGAGCCCUGGAGCCCCGGCCGCCCCUGCCCUACCUUGCCGCCUGCGGACCAAGGUCCCCGGCUACCUGCUACGGAGGCCGGCAGAUGGUGGAGUCCGGAAACCGAGUGCUGUGGAGCGCCUGGAGGCCGACAAGGCCAAGUACGUCAAGAGCCUGCAUGUGGCCAACACCCGCCAGGAACCUGUGCAGCCCCUGCUGUCCAAACAGCCACUCUUUAGCCCUGAGACUCGCCGCACAGUGCUCACGCCCAGCCGCCGAGCCCUGCCUGGCCCCUGCCGACGGCCCCAGCUGGACCUGGACAUCCUCAGCAGCCUCAUCAACUUGUGUGAUAGUCCCGUGUCUCCUGCUGAGGCCAGCCGCACUCCUGGACGGGCAGAGGGAGCUGGCCAGCCUCCCCCAGCCACCCCUCCACGACCGCCACCCAGUACCUCUGCGGUCCGCCGAGUGGACGUCCGCCCUCUGCCUGCCUCACCUGCCCAGCCCUGCCCGUCAUCGGGUCCUGCCGCCGCCUCCAGCCCAGCCCGGCCACCGGGUUUGCAACGCUCUAAGUCGGACUUAAGCGAGCGCUUUUCUAGGGCAGCCGCUGACCUUGAGCGCUUUUUUAACUUCUGCGGCCUGGACCCGGAGGAGGCAAGAAGGUUGGGUGUGGCCCACCUGGCACGGGCCAGCUCGGACAUUGUGUCCUUGGCUGGGCCCAGUGCUGGGCCGGGCAGCUCUGAAGGGGGCUGCUCCCGCCGCAGCUCGGUUACUGUUGAGGAGCGGGCCCGGGAGCGCGUCCCCUACGGCGUGUCGGUGGUGGAGCGCAAUGCCCGCGUGAUCAAGUGGCUGUAUGGGUUAAGGCAGGCACGGGAGAGCCCCGCAGCUGAAGGCUAGGCUGCCACUGGACCUGGUAUUCGCCACAGGACAGAUCUUACAGAGGGAAGUGGCCCCUGGACCUCUCUUGCAUCCAUUCUCUGGAUCUGCAUGCCAGAGGCUUCACCCUGGUGUGAACUUGGCAUGGAGGCAAAGGCUUAGAGGCUGGACCAGCAUUCUUGGGCAAGGACUGACCCUGGAGGGUUUUGCUCUUGACUUUGGACAGCCGAGAAACCCUCCUUCCACCCCAAUACAAGGUUUUUGACAUGAAUGUAUUCCUCCUUAGUUCCUCUUGUGGGGCUGCAUUUGGGGUGCUUUGCCCUCCCCUCUGAGAGUGAGGGCCAAGGAAUCUCCUCCAUCCUGUCUCCCCAGUGGCUCUGUAUCCUUCCUUCCUUCCUUGGCCUCUGUCCUUUGCUGACGUCCUCUUCCUUACCCAGCAGAACUCACCCUGGGGUCGUGGCAGCGGGGAGGGGCCUAUCCACUGCUCUUCCUAGUCCUUGGCAGCUGGCCUUGGUGGGUAGACGAUGUUGGGGCUGGUUAGGAAUCUGCACUGCUUUGACUUACCUCCCCUUGGUUAAUAAACACAAAUGCUUGUUUCUCAA